GGUAGAUUCCAAGUAAAAAUGCCUUUGCGCGAGUCUCCUGAGGCUCUUGGAGACUCUUACUCACUUGCUAAGAGAUGUUUUUUAAAUUUGGAAAGGCGUUUUCAAAAGCAGCCGAAAUUAAAGGAAAUGUAUAGUGAUUUUAUACAUGAAAAUACCAACCCUAGUAAUCUAAAGCAAUUUGUUUACAAUCGAGUAAAUGAAAUUCAUGAACUGACUGACAAAUCUACAUGGCAUCACAUUUCUACAGAAAUAAAUCCGGCAGACAUAGCUUCUCGAGGAGUCAGCCCUAGCAAGCUUCAAGAUUUAGAAUUAUGGUGGAGUGGCCCACCCUUUUUAAUGAAACCUAAAACGGAGUGGCCAAGCGCUCCUAUAGAAAAUGUUGAGCUUCCGGAGCUCAAAGUAUAUUCAUGUUGUGUGUCUGCUGAGCAUUCAUUUGAGUUUGAUAGGUUCUCGAAAUUUCAACGAAUGAUCCGGGUGGUAGGAUAUAUCUUAAGAUUUAUUCACAAUUGUAAAACAAAGAAGGAUUCGCGGCUAAGUGGUGAUCUGAGUAACGAUGAAAUAGAUAGGUCUACUCAGACCCUAAUCAAAACCUGCCAUCAAGAUUCCUUUCCAAAUGAGGUGCAAUCAUUAAAAAACAAUAAAAAGAUACAUCAUAAAUCGAGGAUUUUGUCACUAAACCCUUACUUAGAUGAGCAUGAUUUGAUUAGGGUUGGAGGCAGAAUCCAAAACUCAAUCUGUGAGUAUUCUAAAAAACAUCCCAUUUUAUUAUGUGUACGUCAUAACUUUACGAAACUGUUGUUUCAGAAAGAACAUGUGCGUCAUAAACAUUGUGGGCCUGAAUUAUUACUUAGCAUUAUACGAGAUCAAUAUUGGCCCAUCGGGGGACGUAAUCUUGCACGCAGUACAUUUAGGAAAUGUAUCGUGUGUGUUCGUAUGCAGAGUAACUUAAUACAGCCUAUGAUGGGUAACUUACCCCCUCCUCGAGUCACUCUUACCUAUCCCUUCCUCGCGACAGGCGUAGACUUUGGCGGGCCCUUCUCAAUCGUAGACCGUAAGGGCAGAGGAUGUAAGAUAUCCAAAUGUUGGCUUAGUCUUUUUGUGUGUUUAAGCACUAAGGCAUUAACUUUGGAGGUGGGUAGUAGUCUGAGUACUGAAGCAUUUUUAAUGUGUUUGCGUAGAUUUAUAUCACGUCGUGGCAAGCCUCAUGAUAUUUAUUGUGACAAUGGCACCAACUUUGUGGGUGCAAAUAAUGAGCUAGGCAGAAUGUUGCAGGCAAGCCAAAGUUCUGUUAGUGCGGCUGCCCACGACGAGGGCAUUAAAUUUCAUUUUUCGCCCGCUUAUUCCCCUCACUGGAGGGGGCUGAACGAGGCUGGAAUCCGUUCAGCAAAGUUACUAAUGAAACGUGUAAUAGGAAAUGCGAAUCUGACGUUCGAGGAGCUCACGACGCUAUUCACCCAGAUUGAAGCAAUUCUUAACUCCCGCCCGUUAACUCCUCUAACGUCAGACCCUUCCGAUGUUACUCCUCUGACUCCAGGGCACUUCCUUAUAGGCCGGCCGCUGACAGCUUUACCAGAACCACCUAUUUUAACAAAUUAUCCAAACAGAUACCAAAAAUUGGAACAGCUUAAGCGGCAUUUCUGGGACCGGUUUCAUAGGGAAUAUUUAAGUGAGCUGCAGCAGCGGACUAAGUGGCGAGAGCAGAGGAGAACACUCAAAGAGGGCGAUCUUGUUGUCAUCAAGGACGACAACCUUCCCCCAAUGCGAUGGCGCUUGGGACGAGUUAAGAAACUGUAUCCAGGGGCAGACGGCAUCACUCGAGUAGCCGAUUUCACGACCUCACGUGGCGUAAUCCAGAGGGCCUUAGGCAGGGUCUGUCUGCUACCAGCUAUCAACCCAGAGGACGAGUCUCUUGGUAACCAGGGUUCCCAAGGCGGGGAGCCUGUUCACGCGCACGGCACAUGAUCUGCGCCGGCGGGAGUGGGGCGCGGGCGCCGCGGCUGCGACCGA